UCCAGCCGAUGGCGAACUAGAGCAACCACGGAGAUGGAUGGGCUGACCGGUCUGACCUGCCAUUGUGGAGAGCCGGGAGGAUCAUCGGGUACGCGAGCCGGCCUGUGGUAUACAUUGUACGGAGCAGAUCGUGAGUUAAAAUGAGAGGAGCCCGAUUCAGGGGUAAAUACGAUCCAUUGGAACGGGCGUUCGCUGGAAAAGGGUUCUUGGCCUCCCUGCACCAUCAUCUUUGCUUUUUCUUUUUCUUUUUCUCGUGCCCCCUUAGCCAAGCCUCAGUGCCGAACAAGAACAGAGGGGGGGAAAGGACUAAACGAGGCGGUGAAAAUACAAGACACAUGUCAAACAGUCCUCAACAUCAAAAAUAAAAUCCCAACCGACCUGGCUAGAACAUCGUUGAUCUCUUGUCCUCGCGCGGCCAUGUCAUGCCAGAAUA